AUGUUACGUCAAGACGCUAAUAUUGAGGUGUCCACAAGCGCAGCUAGUACAAUUGACAUAGAACAUGUCCCAGUCAACGAUGACCCCCGUCAAUGGAGUCCUGCCAGAAAAACAACAACUUUGUGCAUUGUAUCACUGGCUACAAUGGUGUCUGCAUUAGCUUCUAACAUCCAAAAUCCCUCGAACUCAGCGAUAGAAGCAGAUCUGCAUGCGACAAGCAGCCAGAUUAGCUGGACACUGGCGGCUUUCCUAAUCAUACAGGGGAACUUUCCUCUGAUAUGGAGCGCCGCAAGUGAAAUUAAAGGUCGUAAGCCUGUCUAUCUGGUAGCUUUGGCUUUGUUCGUGGUAGGAAGUGUCGCGUUGGCACUUUCAAAUACCAUCGAGGUGAUGAUCGGCAUGCGAGCACUUCAAGCUGCGGGGUCAUGCGCUGCCAUGGCUAUUUCGGCUGCGACCCUGGCUGACAUCUACGACACUCACGAGCGAGGGAGCACGAUGGGUAUCUUCUUUGCUGCACCUCUCUUAGGACCCGCCUUGGGCCCUAUACUCGGCGGCUCGUUGUCACAAGCCUUGGGCUGGCGCGCUUGUUUCUAUUUCCUGCUUGUCUGUUCAGCAGUCGUAUUCUUGUCCUUCCUAAUCCUGUUCAAGGAUACAUACCGACGCGAGCGGAGUCUCACCUAUUGCUCCGCUUUACAGCGACUUCUUGCCUCCAAAGAACGCGUUCGGAGUACAAACAAAUCUACCAUCGUCGGGAACGAGUCUAGCAAGGACCAAACACCCAUCAAAGAUGCCGAGAAGCAGCUCCAAUUGCCGGAUGUUCCAGAUAAUAUCUCAGCGGUAACUUCUACACCAGGGUUGGACGACGUCAAACUAUCAUUCAAGGACAUCAACCCCUUUCCACCAUACUUUCGAAUUCUGUCGCGCAAGAACAAUGUUUUAAUUCUCAUUGCUAAUGGGCUUAUCUUUGGAUUUAGCUACUCCCUAUCUUACACGUGUUCUCUCACUCUCGCUGAUAAGGUUGAGUUUCCGACCCGCGGUGUUACCCCUGCGGAACCCUAG